AUGUCUGACAUUUCUUCUAUUCUCCAGGGCGGAUACCACCACCCUCUGACCCGUACAUGGCAAGCUGAGAAAACGCUCACCAAGGCGGCCCUCAUGUACCCCAUUUUCAUCACCGAUUCCGAAGAUCAAUUCGAAGAACUGCCCUCCAUGCCAGGUCAAUAUCGUAUCGGGUUGGGCAAACUUGAAGGCUUUAUUGCGCCUCUUUACAAGAAGGGUCUUCGCUCUGUCAUUUUGUUCGGUGUGCCUCUUGCUGAGGGAUCCAAGGACGAAACCGGCUCAAAUGCCGACGACCCGAACGGACCCGUCAUUCAGUCUGUUAAACUGCUUCGAAGCAAAUUCCCCAACCUCUUUGUUGCAUGCGACGUUUGUCUUUGUGAAUACACUUCUCAUGGUCACUGCGGUAUAUUACGCGAAGAUGGUUCUCUCGAGAACCAACUCUCUGUCAAGCGUUUGGCUACUGUUGCCCUUAACUACGCCCAAGCUGGUGCACACUGUGUCGCACCCUCCGAUAUGAUGGACGGUCGUAUUAAAGCCAUCAAGGAAACGCUCAUUGAAAAUGGUUUGGCACACAAGGUUAUGCUUAUGAGCUACUCGGCCAAGUUUUCUGGCGCUUUCUAUGGCCCCUUCCGAGAUGCUGUCAAUUCCGCUCCUAGCUUUGGUGACCGUCGUUGCUACCAACUUCCUGCUGGUGCUCGAGGUCUUGCUCGUCGCGCCAUCAUUCGUGACAUGGCAGAAGGUGCGGAUGUCAUUAUGGUCAAACCCGGUAUGCCUUAUCUCGAUAUUGUGCGUGAAGCCGCCAACCUUGCACCCGACUACCCCAUUGCUGUAUACCAAGUCUCUGGCGAAUAUGCUAUGCUCUGGCAUGCAUCCCAAGCAGGCACAUUCAACCUCAAGCAGAUUGUUUUGGAGAGUAUGGAAGGUUUCCUGCGAGCUGGAGCUGGCAUUAUUCUGACUUAUUAUACACCUCAAAUUCUCGACUGGCUCGACGAGCAGCAGUAG